GUCGCGUUUGCGCGGUGCGGGCGGCGGGCAGCGCAGAGUGCGAGGCUCUUUUGUUCGGCAGAGGGGAGGGCCGUUGGCCGGGGCCUGCGGUACGCCGCUUCAGUGAGGGGCUCGACCGCGGCCACCCGGCCUGUUGCUUUUCUGGGCGCCACUCCUCCGGCCCGCCCGACGCGACGCGCCAGUAGCGCGACACCGAUUCUUCUCGGCUCUUGGGCGCUGCUCUGAGCAGCGUCACCCUUUAUACCAGGAAGCUGGCGGGCACUAUGGGAAAAAAACAAAACAAGAAGAAAGUGGAGGAGGUGCUAGAAGAGGAGGAAGAGGAAUAUGUGGUGGAAAAAGUUCUUGACCGUCGAGUGGUAAAAGGCAAAGUGGAGUACCUCCUAAAGUGGAAGGGGUUCUCGGAUGAGGACAACACGUGGGAGCCAGAAGAGAACCUGGAUUGCCCCGACCUCAUUGCUGAGUUUCUACAGUCACAGAAAACAGCACAUGAGACAGAUAAAUCAGAGGGAGGCAAGCGCAAAGCCGACUCUGAUUCUGAAGAUAAGGGAGAGGAGAGCAAACCAAAGAAGAAAAAAGAAGAGUCAGAAAAGCCACGAGGCUUUGCCCGGGGUUUGGAGCCAGAGCGGAUUAUUGGAGCUACAGACUCCAGUGGAGAACUCAUGUUCCUGAUGAAAUGGAAAAACUCUGAUGAGGCUGACCUGGUCCCUGCCAAGGAAGCCAAUGUCAAGUGCCCCCAGGUUGUCAUAUCCUUCUAUGAGGAAAGGCUGACGUGGCAUUCCUACCCCUCGGAGGAUGAUGACAAAAAAGAUGACAAGAAUUAAUUCUCUUGAGUACCAGCCCCUGUCACAUCUGACUGUGGGUUUCAAGUGGGGAGAGGAAGGAGUUCUACUUGUGUUGACACCAUAGAGGUGGCUUGAGAAGAUGUCCUUUGAAGAGCCAGUAUAGUUUCUGUGCCCUACAGCAGCCCAAGUGCUUUAAAGCCGCUCCAUGCUGUGUAGUUUGCACACUCAUCCCAGUGGAGGGGAAGGAGGAUAAGUGUUUCAAGGCAGCCCGUUCUGCACUUUGCUGAGAAAAGCAAAGGGCCUUCUAUGAAGGACAAAACUUGCAGAAUGGGUGUAUGGGAGAGCAAAAAGGUACUGCAGAUCUUCAAAGAGCAUCUCCACAAUCCACAGCCUUCUUCCCAAUAGUGUUAACUCUGCAUUUUUACAGCGUAGCAUGUGUGUAGUUUUUGGCUAUUACUGGUGUAUUAUUUGGGUGUGGGAGGGAUGGGGUGGGAAGGAAGGGAGAUGGGUAGGAUCGUUUUUGUUAAAAUUGGGCCUGAUCGGGGAAAUGAAACAAUGGAAAGAACAACUAAUGAUUUGGUUCUGUGUCCAAAAUAUUUUAUCUUUUCACAAAAUGUCAUUGGCAAUCUAAAUAAGGACUGUGAGAGACUGUUUAGAAGCUGUGAAUGCCUGAAACUUAUAAGCCACGGUGUUCCCUGCCUGAGCUUAAUGCUGUUCCCAACAAAAGACUAACAACGCUGCCAUUUUGGGAAUGGAAACUGGUUAAGGAGGGAAAGUCUUUUAUUGGAGCGUAUACAAAGGCAGAUCAUUCUGUCUUAGAGGUGCUAAUUGCUAAUUAUUAAAAUUGACAAGUCCCUUUUCCAAUUGUUAAGUUAUAAAUAUUAGCUUGUCCAUCCAAGCCACUGGCUGAAGUAUCUAGGGAGGGGAAGAGGAGGGGACAUGGGAGGUGUGAGAGUAAAGGGAAGGGCCCAUGCUCUUGGAACUUCUAUGUUUUUUGAACCUUGAACUCUGAAACCAUUGGUGGCAGGGUUCAGUCACUGACAGCACAAGUUUAUCGAAUCACUUCAAGAGUUGGAUUAUUUCAAAAGACCUGGUCUCAGAAGAAGACUAAACUUUCAUACUGGGGCAGUGGUUCACUUUAAAAUACAAAACUUUUUUAAUCCUAAGAAUUAACUAAUACCCAAAAUACUGUCUUGAAUUAUGAAAUCCAUCAGUUCUUGACAUCAUCUAGACCUAUAUCUAGAACUCCAUUGUAAAAUCUUUUUAGGCAUGUGUUAGGUUUCUGUGAAAACUUUGUUUAAAUGUAAACUUCAUACCACACUGUCAGUUUUUGUUUUAAUAAAACUAUAUAGAUUUAUAAUCCUUGA